UAGACUAGAUUCUAGAUCUAUUAUUAGUAUUAUGUCUAUGAUAUUGAUAUAGAAUCAUAGAUCUAGACUCUACAAGGCCUAAGGCCAUAUCUAUAUUAUAUAUAUAUAGAUAUAGAUCUAUAUUAUAAUCAUAGACAUAGUCCAAUCAGUCCAAUCUAGAUAUAGAGUUUAAAUCAUCUGAUCAUUUAAUUUCAUUAGAUCUAGAUAUAGUUAAAAUCUCAAAAUUAUAUUAUUUUCAAGUAGAAUAAUAUCAUAAAAUAUACAGACAUAAACAUCAGAAAAUUUAAGAUUUAGAUCUAGAUCUAAUUACUUUGAUGGCAUUGUGUUCAUGAAGACCUUAACUUUUUGAUAUCAGGACCACUAUACUUUGACACCAGACUAAGCUGACAAUAUUCAUCAACUAAUGGCACAUUUUGAAAACUCAUCUUUCCAAACUGAUCCACUGAGAAGUUUCUUUGAUCACAAAGAGAAUAAAGAAGUGCUUAAUGAUAUGCAUGAGUCCAAAGAUGGUCAAAAUCCAGAUUCUGUACAAAAUAAAGUUGUACAUAGAGAAGAAAAGAACUUGCUAAGUGAAAUGAAUGAUUCAACGAAUAGUAGAAGUCUAUUGUUAAAUGCUGUACAAAAUAAUGAUGUUGAAACAGUCAAGGAUUUGCUGUUAAUUAAAAAAGUCAAUCCCAAUUUCAACCUUCAGAUGAUAAGUCCAAUCUGCCAGGCGGCUGCAUUAGGGAAUAUUCAGAUUUUGAACCUCUUACUUGAUGCUGGCGCAGACCCACGAACACAGAAUACUAGCAACAUGUCCUGGGAGAGACAACCCAUACACAUUGCUGCUUCAAAGGGGCACCUUGAUGCCCUUAAGCUCUUUGUGGAAAGAGGAAUAAAAAUAAAUCAGCAAGAUAGUGACAAAAGAACACCACUUCACUGGGUCUCUAUGUAUGGCCAUGUACAUAUGAUCAAGUGGAUGAUAGAUGCGGGUGCCUUAGUGAAUGCAUCCCAGGCUGAUAAGUUUACACCUUUACAUGUUGCCACUUGCUUAAAUCAUGUGGAAGUCUGCAAGCAGCUGUUAGCGGAGGGAGCAGACAUGUCAAUGCUGGAUUAUGCAGGCUGGACACCUCUUCACACUGCUGUCUGCUUUGGGUACACUGAUUUAGUUCAACUGUAUCUAGACAGGGGAGCUAACCCAUGUGCCAUCACUGUAUGUGCUUUGCAAGAGAACACAUUGCAUAUAGCAUGCAGCAAAGGCAAUGUCAGUCUUAUCAAACUGCUGCUACUGCAUGGUGUUCCUUUAGAAAGUGUUGAUAGUUCUGGUGAGACUCCACUUCACACAGCUGUGUUUUAUAACCGCAUUGAAGCUAUUUAUUACCUGAUCAAGUCAGGAGCAAAUGUGAAUGCCAUAGAUUUUCUUGGAAGGUCUCCUGUUGAUCUAGCUGCUGCAAGUUGGUCAGAGGAGGCAGUACAAAUGUUAAUCAUGACCGGGGGCAGAGUCACAUCUAAGACACCCUUCAUGAAGGGUAGAUGUCUCGAGGCUGAAACACAGCCUCAAUCGCUCAAAGUACUUAGUUUUCUAUGUAUACGCCAAGCAUUGGCUCCCAACCUGCAAGAGAAUGCCAGACAUUUGCCCCUGCCACAGCCUCUGAUAACUGCUCUAAGAAUGGAUGACUUUGAAUUGAACAUGGAUGAUAUAGACCUGAAAGUAGAUGUAAUUGCAAAGGACAACAUAGAAGAUUUUUUUUGUUUGUUCAAUUUUCAUGGCUCCUGACUAUAUGCUAAUAAUGUAAAUGUGCACAGCUUGGUUAGUGAAUGAUUGGAUUGAAUAUUGUGACUUGAUUGGUUAAUAAAUGAUUGGAGUGAAUAUUGUGAAUUGAUUGGUUGGUGAAUGAUAGAAGUGAAUAUCGUAACUUCUUUAGUUAGUGAAUGAUUGGAUUGAUUAUUGUGACUAUAUAGUGACUAUUGUGAGCAAAUUGAUUGAAUAUUCUGACUUUUAGUGAAUUGAAUGUUGUGAGCAGAACUAAUGGAAUGUUUUGUUCUUCUAAUAAUGUAAAUAUGUAGAUUGAAUCUCUGUUAUUUAUUAUCUGAAAUAAACAGUCUCAAUCUGAUUGAGCAUUACUAUCACUUCAUGCAAAGUCAAUCAACCAUUUAUUACUGAUUUCAAAAAUACAAAUUAUGCUCACCAAAUCUCUUGAGAUGGUAAUUUAAAUUCAUGUGGCAAAUAAUAAAUUGAAGCUUUCUAAAAUGUUUAUUGUUCAGGCAACUUCAGGAUGAUUGACACUAACAUUGAAAACUUUGUAAUUAGUUAGGCCAUCUCUUCAGUAAAACUUGUCAUUAGAACUUUUUGUUUUUCACUGCUGUUUGAAAAUGAUAAUUGUAAAUUUGUUUGUUAAUAUUGAUUUGAAUCUUUUCUUUUUCAUUUAUACCAAUAAUUAUAAUGGAAAGAUUUGAAGGAUCAGGAUCUAAGAUACAGAUCUAUGAUGUCAUGUAGCAAGCAAAAUAUUAAAAAUCCUUUUUUUAAAAAAAAAACAACAACAAAGCUUAUCUCACCCUCUCCUCAUGCAGCUGAUGUAGCCAAAGGAACAGCAAGUGCCGAUAUAGUUUUAACUUGAUCAGAGAAAGGGAGGUAGGAGAAAUAGCAUUUGUAAAUAUUGAAGGAUUAAAUUCCCUUGUAAUUAAUUACCAGUAAUAAA